GAGGAAACCAGUCAGUGUGAGCACACAGGAGGUUUGAGGAAACCGGUCAGUCUGAGCACACAGGAGGUUUGAGGAUUCCAUGCACUGGUGUGCACUAAGGCAGACUGCAACCCUAAGAUCAUUAGAAGAUGCAACACGGUCGUCUAAGACUGCGACCCUGGCUUGAGAAGCAGAUACAGUCAGGGAAAUACCCAGGGGUCACCUGGCUUGAUGAGACAGCUCAAGUUUUCCAGAUUCCUUGGAAGCAUGCGGCUCGACAGGGUUGGAAUAUAGACAAGGACGCCACUUUGUUCCGAAACUGGGCAAUGCACACAGGCAGAUACAAACCUGGGAUAGACAAGCCUGAUCCCAAGACAUGGAAAGCCAACUUCCGAUGUGCCCUGAACUCUCUAACCGAUGUGAAAGAGCUACAGCGCAAGAGCAUCAAAAAGGGCAGUAAUGCCUCCAGGGUUUACAUGAUGCUGCCUGUUGUUAAAUGUACCAAACGAAGAAGAGGACUACAGAAGUCAGAAGUUGAUAUAAAACAUAGUCCGAUCUCCCUCUCAGAAACUGAGGCAUGUUCUUCUGCUCCACUGGAUGGGUUUGCAGAGGUUUUCCUGAAGUACAGAAGGGGACAGACCAGUCACAACCCUGGUAUGUUUCAUGUCGAGGACAACUACCCUCCCAACAACACCAGCGAGGAGGAAAGGUUCCCAGAACAGUCCUACCAGUCUUCCUUCACACCUGAAGUGCAUGAAAACUCUGAUGCUGAUGACAAUGAGAAAGCAGAGGCUGUAUUCAAGAUAGUUGAUCACCUAAAACACUUGGAGCACUGGAGCCAGUCUAAUGACAACAGAAGCUGGAGGGCAGCAGACAUCUGCUGGGCGGACAGUUACUGUGAGGAUAUGGAUUACUUGGCCUAUCCCAUGGAGACUGACUGCGACACACACAGUGCACAGCAAAUGCCAUUUCUAUAAGACGAGUGGGAGAAACAUGCAUCGAACAGAAUGGCAAACUAAAAUCUCUGAAAAAGGUGGAUAUACCACAUUCCAAGCCGUGCUGAAACAAGCUCUAAAAUACCAUAUUCAGAUGAACUGCAAGACAUCGACCAAGCAACUGAGCACACAUACAGUCCAUUAAGAACUAUUGAGUGCCACACAUUGACAUCAUUUAGCAGACACAUCACAUAAAGCUGAACAAGCAGACUGGCACUGUAGAAUUACUGAGUUGUCUUAAAUGUUUGCUUUUUAUUUAACUUAAUUGACACAAUAGGCCUAUAUAUGUUGUUUUCAUUAUAACUAAAAUUGAGAGUAUUAGCAUAGCAUCUCAGGAAAUGCCCUUCAAGAUACAUGAAGCGGAUGAAUGUCCAAGGAGGAAUUUCUUUUUUUUUAGGAUUAAAAAUAGAGUAGGUGAAAAAAGAACAGACCUAGAAUUUAAUUUCCUCAGACCACCUUUAAUGAAGACAUCUCAUUCCAAUACAGAUAGUUGAACGCAUUAUUGCAAAGCAAUCAGGUCAUACAUAUUUUGCAGAAUUUCCUUUCGCGCGGGUAACAGUCAGUCCACCAAACACCAGUAAAAACCAGGAAACAGACAGCCAUGUCAACAGUCCAGAGAAUGGGAAGUUAGUGG